CACAGAUGAGAGGCCUGAAAUUAAUUUAAUUACUAGUUGGGUCUCUGGUUGAUUUCUUUUUUCUGUGAUCUCCUCUCAGGUGUGACACACAUUCAGCAGCAGAAGAGGAAGACGUUUCAGUAUGUCUGUAGGGCUGGAGUUGAUAGGCAUCGCCCUGUGCAUUUUGGGAUGGAUUAUUGCCAUUUUGGCGUGCGCCCUCCCCAUGUGGAGGGUGACGGCCUUCAUCGGCAGCAACAUCGUGACCGCUCAGAUCAUCUGGGAGGGCCUGUGGAUGACCUGCGUGGUCCAGAGCACGGGCCAGAUGCAGUGUAAGGUCUACGAUUCCAUGCUCGCCCUCUCCCAGGACCUCCAGGCUGCCCGCGCCCUCACCGUCAUCUCCAUCCUGUUAGCCAUCCUGGCAAUGCUUAUCGCCAUCGCCGGGGCCAAGUGCACCAACUGCAUUGACGACGAGGCGUUCAAGUCCAAGGUGAUGAUCAUCUCCGGGGUCUUCUUCAUCGUUGCCGGGGUCAUGCAGCUGAUUCCCGUCUCCUGGUCGGCCAACACUAUAAUCAGGGACUUCUACAACCCUUUGCUUACCGACGCUCAGCGGAGGGAGCUGGGGGCCGCGCUGUACAUCGGCUGGGCAGCAGCUGCCCUCCUGAUUCUUGGCGGUGCACUGCUCUGCUGCUCCUGCCCGCCGCGUGAGACCAGGUACAACCCUUCGCGAAUGGCUUACUCUGCCUCACGGUCCGCAGGUGGCCCAGGGUUGGAAAGGAAAGACUAUGUAUGAAUGACGAUCAAAGAGGAAAAUGACUUGAGUCUCAAACCGGCGCGCCAAACCAAACUGAGGGUGUACUGAGGAAAAGAGCUCAAGGGGACAAGGAGACUCCGUAAUGAAGGAUGUGUUUGAUUUUGCCUUUACUUUGAGGUAUCUCUGACUUCGGCUUUUCAGAGACUGAAAAUCUACACAAAGGACUUUGGAGAGGAAAUCUCCUUUAAUCAUGUUUCAAAAGAAAAUGAUGUUCUUAGUGUCUUUUUUUAAGGUCAACACGCUAAAUGUUAAUGUCACGAUCAAUACAAAAUCAUAUACUUUUUAUACAGUCCUGGCGUCUUAAUGUUUACGGCUGAAUAUUUUUUUUUUAUAGAAACUGCCAUGACUGCUUCAUGUGUCACCUUCAUAAAAAGGAACUGCUGUGUAGAAGAUGGAGGAGUUGGAUGUGUUAAAUGGUGCGACCGAGUCAUCAGCGGGAUUGGGUGUUGUGUGUAAAUACUGCAGUAAGCGUAUCAUUCACCUGUAACUGUCAAGGCAAAUGAUGACUAUUGAAUGCAGCUUUUAGUGCAGUGUGGUAAUGUUGGGGAUGGGGAAGUGGCAGAGGACUUUGAGUGCUUUACAUUGUGGACAGAGGGAGCACAAAAGCACCUGGGUUCAUCCAGAACAGUAAUGAUCUUUGUGUGUUGUAUACAGCUGCAGUACAUAUAUCCGACAAGUGUUUUUGUUUUUUUUAAUAAACAUGACCGCUUUUUUAAGAUACUGCAUAUCUUGUUUCAUUUCAAACAUAAAGCUCCUUUUUAAUUUGCAUCUUCUG